UAGCCAGCAUAAAAAUUAUUACUAUAGUCGGCGAAUUGAUUCUCGCCGGAGGAAUGAAUAUUCCGAUUACUUUUACGUCUGUUACCUUUCGUAGUGUCGUACGUGAAACUCGUCGCCGUUAAGAAACUCCGUUUGCGUCUCUUAGAUUUCUUUUCCUCCGCUUCGUCUUCUAGAAAUUUUUGAAUUAAAACUGUUUCUCUAAAGCUUUUGAUUCGAUCUAUACGACACCGUUUCCGAUGAAGAUCCAGCCGACUGAAACAGAUUUUCCGGCGAGUAGAGACUCAGCUAAACCAGUGCUCAAGUCUCGCCUCAAGCGUCUCUUAGAUCGACCGUUCACGAACGUCCUGAGAAGCUCGAGCUCAGAUAAACCACUCAUCGAAGCUCAACAACACGGCCGAGAGCGAGACGGAGCCGUCUCCGAGUUCGAGCCGAGCUCCGUCGUUUUAGCGAAGAUGGUUCAGAGCUACAUGGAGGGGAGCAACGAGAGGCAAGCUAGUAGAAACGGACGGAAUCGCUGCAAUUGUUUCAACGGGAACAACAACGACGAUAGCUCCGACGAUGAAUUCGAUUUGUUCGGUUGCUCCGUCGAGUCUUUCAACGACGCUUAUGACCAUUUCAAGAGCUUGAUACCGUGCGCGAGCGCCGUCGAGAUGAAUCUAUUAGCUGAUGCGGCGAAGAUUCUGGAGAAGAACAAAUCAGUCAAACGAAAAGACGAUAUGAGGAAGCUUGUCGUUGAUGGACUCUCCUCUCUUGGUUAUGAUUCCUCAAUCUGUAAAUCGAAAUGGGAUAAAACUCGAUCCAUACCGGCCGGCGAGUACGAGUACAUCGACGUGAUUGUGAACAGUGAACGGCUUUUGAUCGACGUGGAUUUUCGAUCGGAGUUCGAGAUCGCGCGGCAGACGAAUGCUUACAAGGCGCUGCUCCAGUCUCUGCCGUUCGUCUUCGUCGGGAAAUCUGACCGGAUCAGCCAGAUCGUUUCGAUGGUUUCGGAGGCGGCGAGGCAGAGCUUGAAGAAGAAAGGUAUGCAUUUUCCGCCGUGGAGGAGAGCCGAUUACAUGCGAGCUAAGUGGCUGUCUUCGUUCACGCGGAGCUCCGGCGAUAGCGCCCCGGAGCCGAUGGUUUCGCCGUCCACCGUCGCGGCUGAAACGGAGAUGGAUAGGUCGGAGAUCGAGCUGAGCUUCGAGGAGAAAUUUUUGGCGUCGGUGAAGAAUUCUUCUUCCUCUCCUCGUAAGUCGGACGCCGGAGAUGAUGACGUGGCGGAGGCGAUGGAGAGAGAGGCCAAGGUCGUCACGGGAUUAGCUUCGCUGUUCAAGGAGAAUCCCUAGAAAAGAUUUUUGAAUUUUUCUAAUUUUCCUAAUUUUUCCUAGUUAAGAAACACGAGAAAAGUUGCCAAAUAAAGAAAACAAAAAAAAAAUAUGAGAAAAUCAUAUAAAAAUAUAACAUAGAAUUUCGUUUUUUUUUUCUUUUUUCUUUUUCACCUCCAAGUCUAACUCUCUCUUUUCCAUUUUCAAAGGGGGUUGGGUUAUUACGAGAUAUACAUUUUUAUUGAAUCAUGAUACUGUUUUAUCUA